AUGGACCAUAUGGACAAUCUGCUCCCAUAUUUCAAGGUGUUCAACAACAAGGGAGUUGGCUUCAAGCACCUCCACCAGGCUUUCAAGGAUUUCAUCUCCAUGAAAGUGUUGGUCCUUUGGAUGCAACUACUAGGCAAUAGGCCACCAUUAGUGCUGCAAUUCGCCCAUCUUGGUGGAGCUGCAGCCAACACUUCUUCUCAUGGAUCCGAGUCAAGUUCUCGAUGCUCUGCACAACAAGAGAAGCAAUCAGUCAACAUUGAAGAGUUAGGUGAUAGCAGCGAAGAAGAACCAAAGAGGCGUCAACGCAUCAAUUGGAGUGAAGAAGAAAAUGAUAGGCUAUUCAGUGCAUGGACAAAACACUCCACUGAUCCCGUAAUCGGCAAUGAUAGGAAAUUUGAGUACUAUUGGAAAGUUGUAGCCGCUGAGUUCAACGACAACGCGCCAAAUAAUAGCCACAAGAGGGAUAUCACAAAGUUCAGUGGAGCCUAUGCUAAAGCUAUGAAUGCACGCAGCAGUGGGCAAUCUGAUGACAUGGUGAAGAAAGCAGCCCAUGAGUUUUUCAAGAAUGGCAACAAGGGUAGGUCUUUUAUAUAUGAGUACCUAUGGGAUGUGGCCAAGGAGAUGCCCAAAUGA